AAUCUAUUAGUGUCCCUAAUUUUGAUUCAAAGCGUUUAACCUGCUCAUUGACAGACCAGUGAUGAACAAUUUAUGAUGGCUCAACAAAAAGGCAACUAACGAUAAAACGAUUAAAGAAACGAUUUUUAAAAAUUUAUCUACUGUUUGAAAGCUACUACAAACACACAAUGCGUAUUUUGUGGCUCAUUUUAAUAGUUCCGCUUCAAAUACUUGGUUUGAGACGCACCAACAAAGUUUAUGAAGAAACAUACAAAGUAUAUUACAACUACGCUGACAUGACCGAUCGUCUUCAGCGUUUUUCUCAAAAAUACGCGCAUAUUUGCAGCCUCGUGAGCAUAGGACAGUCUGUCGAGGGAAGGGAGCUUUGGGUCACGAGAAUAACAACGAGUCCGACGGCGGACGUACCGGGCAAACCGAGGUUCAAGUAUGUGGGCAACAUCCACGGGGACGAGGCUUUAUCAAGGCAGCUGUUAGUGUAUCUGAUCGAGUACCUGUUGACUCAGUAUGGCCGUGAUGUGAGAGUAACAGAGCUGGUGGACCGGACGGACAUCUAUAUAAUGGCCAGCAUGAAUCCUGACGGCUUUGAGCACGCGGUGGAGGGGGACUGCAUCGGCAGCAGCGCGGGCCGCGAGAAUGCCAAACAUUAUGACCUCGAUAAGAGUUUCUCAGACGAGGAUAAGCACUUCAGGAAGACUUCAGAAGACAUACCGGAGGUCACAGCUGUCAUGCAAUGGAUUCUUGAGAAAAAGUUUGUCUUGUCUGGCAGUCUACAUGGGGGCUCAGUGAUGGCCACCUACCCCUUUUAUGAUGGCAGUUCUUAUGUAACCUCAGGGCUGACAACAGAUGAUGCUCUGUUUCGCCAUUUAACACGCACCUACACCGAGAACCAUCCCAUUAUGAAGAUGAACAAUCCUGACUGUCCUGAGGAUCCAAACAAAAGCUUCGGAGAUGGGGGAAUGCAGAAUUACAACUACUUCAAAGGGAACUGUUUUGAAGUCACUUUUGGAUUGAGCUGCUGCAAGUAUCCACCAGCUUCUCAGCUUUUCAUAGAGUGGACCAACAACAAGGAGGCCCUUCUUGCCUACAUACACCAAGCUCAUAUUGGUGUAAGAGGUUUCGUAAUGACCAGAUCAGGCUUUGGUCUCCCAAAUGCAACAAUCUCCAUUUCUGGAACUGAUCACAACAUCACAACCUGGAUGUUUGGUGAUUAUUAUCGCCUGCUGCUGCCUGGAAGAUAUGACAUCACUGCUAGCUCACCUGGAUUUCUUUCAAAUACUGUCAAGAAUGUGCCAGUGAUUGAAGGCAAAGCCACACUGUUAAACUUCACUCUUGAGGGGCCUGUAGAGGAGAUGUUAUUGCUAGAUCCUUCUGAACAACCUAUGAUUACCAAUGACCGUCUGAGCACACCAGGGCCUCCCACCUCAAGGUCUCCAAUCCAUACUCUGGAUUUCCAACAUCAUAGUUAUGAUGAUAUGGAGAUGUUCUUGCAACUGCUUAGUGCUAUCCAUCCUUCCAUCACUUACCUGAAGUCUGCUGGACGAUCAGUGCAGGGCAGGAAUCUUUAUGUGAUGGAGAUAUCCACCAAUCCUGGUGUUGAUCAGCAAGGCAAACCAGAGGUCAUGUUUUUGGGUAACCUGCAUGGAAAUGAGUUUAUCGGUCGUGAGAUUCUCCUAAACCUGGUUGAGUACUUGUGCCGCAAUUAUGGAGAAGAUCCAUUGGUCACACGUCUGGUCAAUAGCACAAAAAUUCACAUCAUGCCUUCCAUGAACCCAGACGGGUAUGAAUUAGCACUAAAAGCUCACAAGAAACGGGUCUCAGGAGACCUGAGCAUUAUCGGACAUGGUAACAGUCACCAUGUUGACCUGAAUGCAAAUUUCCCUAAACAGCCAAGAUCGGGAAAUGAUGUUGAAGCAGAAACUAGAGCAGUGAUAAACUGGAUCAAGGCCCACUUCUUUGUGCUGUCUGCAAGUAUUCGUGGAGGGUUUAGGGGAGUUGUGUACCCGAGUUCCCUUGACUCUGUUGAUGAGGACAUGUUUAAAUCAGUUGCAGAAGCCUAUUAUGUGAAAUCCCAGGCUUUUCAAGAACCUCAGGCAUGUGAUGUGCCAAGAUCCAGAGAGAAAAAAGGAACUAAGCACCAUCGUCCAGUAGUCACCGGAACUGAUAUGCUGACUUGGGCGUAUCGCAGCACAGACACUUUAGCCGUUAACAUCGGUCUGAGCUGUGAACUGCUUCCACCAGAGAAGUUGCUCUCAGAAUACUGGGAGAAGAAUCACAGAGCGCUCUUGCACUUUAUACAACAGGUUCAUUUGUUUGUGAGGGGUAUGGUGACUGAUGGUCAGUCUGGCAAAGGCAUUGCUAAUGCCACAGUCAUGGUGGAAGGCUCAAGCCAUCAUGUCCACACCAGCAGCACGGGCCAAUACUGGAGACCUCUGGCUCCUGGUUCUUACCAUAUCACCGCAUCUGCUUCAGGUUAUACUCCAAUGUCGGUAUCUGUCCAUGUGUUGGAGACUCGGGUGGAGCAGGUGGACUUCAGGCUGACCAGAGAUACGUUGCAGCCAUCUGUAGAGGAAGGAGAACAGAAGGACUUUGAGAAACUGAUGGAGUGGCUUUUAGCCCCUGGUGAGUUGGAUCAGUUGAUCCGCAGCCUUAUCCCUGCUCAGACCUUGCAGUACCGAACCUACAAGGAACGCUCGGAGUUCCUGCGAGGAUUGACCUUCAACUUCCCUCACAUCACACGGCUAUACAGUUUGGGUCAAAGCACUGAGUUUAGAACUAUCUGGGCUCUUGAGAUUGCUGGCAAUUUGAAGUUCCCUCAACCUGCUGAACCCAAGAUCCGUUUUGUGGCCGGAGUCCAUGGUAAUGCGGCAGUAGGUCCGGAGUUGCUGCUCGAAUUUGCUUCUUUUCUCUGCCUCAACUAUGGCAGGAAUCCUGCCAUCACCAAGGCAACACAAAAUGAGGAGACGUUGAGAUAUUUGGCCUCCUUGUAUGCCAGCAGUCAUCCUUUCAUGCACUUGGGUAAACUGGGGUGUACUAAAAAGUCAGAGGAAAUCCCAGGAGGUAUCCUUAAGGGCGCAGAUUUCAGAUCGCACACUGGCAGCAUGAAGGACUUCAGUUUGGAUGUGGGCCUUUGCCCUGAACUCACGGUGUACACUGGCUGUUGUACGUUCCCAUCAGAACCUCAGCUCUUCUCGCUGUGGAUGGAGAACAGACUGCCUCUUUUCCGCAUGCUGCUGGAGGUUCACAGAAGGCUGAGUGGUGUCGUGAGGGACAGUAAAGGCCGUCCGGUGUCGGAUGCUGUUGUUGUGGUGAACGGCUCUAUGAAUGUUCAUGCAGACAGUCAGGGUCGCUUCACCACUCUCGUGGCUCCAGGCACACAUCAGCUGCUGGUUCAGGCCCAUGGAUAUUGGCAAGAGCUCCAGCAGAAAGUCAAAGCAGUGUAA